AGACAGUCUACACUCUGGAACAGCAGAUUGAUUGGCGGUGUGUCUCUGCAGCUGUUUGCUCGUCUGGAGGCUCGUCGCUGUCUGAAGGACAUCGAACCUCGUCUGUUUCCUGAAGAUGGAGGACCCGACCAUGGUGAGGUGGUGGAGCUCUAUGGAACAGAGGGAACAGGUAAGACGGAGCUGCUCUACCACCUGCUGUGUCGCUGUGUGCUGCCGGUGGCGAGCGGCGGUCUGGAGGUGGACGUUGUGUUCGUGGACACCGACUACAGUCUGGACAUGUUACGGCUGGUCAGCAUCCUGGACAGCAGGCUGAACACAGCUCGCUCGACCGGCUCGCCCUCGGCGGCCUCAGAUGAGGCGGCUUUGCGUUCGUGUCUGUCUCGCCUGCUGGUCGUCCACUGCUCCUCCUCCUCCCAGCUCCUCCUCACCCUCCACUUCCUGGAGACCUCCUUGUCGUCACGGCCCGGCCUGGCGCUCCUCCUCAUCGACAGCAUCUCCGCUUUCUAUUGGCUGGACCGAUGUGAGGGCGGGGCCAGCGUCGCCAAGCAGGAAGAGAAGCUCAGCAAGUGUGCAGAGCUGCUAGGCCGACUGCUCAGGGAUUACAGAAUCACUGUCUUCGCCACCUGCCACGCCAUCAGGAGGAGCUUCAGUGGACCCUCCUCCUCCUCUGACCACGACCGGCCGUACCUCUGUCGCCCCUGGCAGCGGCUGGUGACCCAUCGGCUGCUUUGCUCCAGGCAGGAGGCGGCAAACAACAUGGCCGCUGCAGCAGGAAGCAGCGAGGAGCAGAGGAGACGGCAGGUCUUCACCAUCCACUGCACCUCCUCCUCCUCCAGGACGAAGGCUUCCCGGAGCAGCUCCUUCCACGUGACAGAUGGAGGAGUGGAGUUUAUCUGACCUGUGUCCUCCAGACGGUCCCUGAGAAGCCGUCAACGACCCUGAUGCUGCUGUUUUCAUGUUCUUUUAAAUGAUAAAGUUCUUUAUAUGUUUGGAUUUCUGUAUAUUUGUCAAUAAACGUUUGUUGGGAACCACGA